CUAGAUAUAUUGCGCAGAACAGCCAACCCUUCUUCGCCUCAUCUCCACCCGUGCGGCGGCGGCGGCGACAACUCCAGCGGCCUCCCGCUUUCCCACCCAGCCGCCGUCGAUCCCCCAAAAAUCGUAGGAUCGUACGGUCCCCGACCGGAUCCGCGGGCAGCGGGCUCCGCGGAGGCUCUAGAUUCGCGCGCGAUGCCGCGCGACCUGUCGCCGUCGCCGCCGCGCAGGCGGCGGCGGUCACCGUCCCCGCCGCGGUACCGCGGCCGGAGGGGGCGCAGGGACCGCAGCCCCAGCCCCGUCCGCAUCAGGUCCCCCUAUCGUCCAUCGUAUAGAAGGAAGAGCCCUUCACCUUCCCCAAGAAGGCGCAAGAGCCGUUCUCCAUCGCCUAGGAGGCGCAAGAGUCGAUCAGCAUCACAAAAGCGUUACAGAAGAAAGAGAAGUCGGAGUGUCACUAGCUCUCCAAUCACCAAAUCUCAAAGUCCUCACCUCGGAUCGACAGAGAAUAAGAAUGCUAUUGAUAAGCAAAGGCUAGAAGAAGAAAAGAAAAGGCGCCAAAAAGAAGUUGAACUGAGACUAUUAGAGGAGGAAACUGCAAAAAGAGUUGAGCAAGCUAUUAGGAAAAAAGUUGAGGAUAGUUUGAAUUGUGAGGAAAUUAAGCAUGAAAUACAACGACGAAUUGAUGAAGGGCGAAGAAGGAUACAUGAAGAGGUAGUGGCCCAAAUUGAGAAAGAAAAGGAGGCAGUUUUAACUGAAGCCAAGCAGAAAGCGGAACGAGAAAAAAAGGAGCGAGAGGAGCUAGAGAAAAAGCUCGAGGAAGAACAAAAGAAAGCCGAAGAGGCAUUGAUGAAAGAAGCAAUGGAACAGCAGCAGAAAGAACUAGAGCGGUACCAGGAGCUGGAGAGGCUUCAGAAAGAAAGGGAGGAAGCCCUGAAACGAAAACAGACGGAGGAAGAGCAGCAGAGGCAGAACCAGAUGAAGCUGCUGGGCAAGAACAAGUCGCGGCCAAAGUUGUCCUUCGCUCUUGGGAUGAAGUAGCGUUUGAUUCACCAAAAGAAAAUUAGCAUUUUAGUUUGUUGUAACCACCUAUCUCUAUGAAAUUGCCCAUGUUUUCCUUAGACAAAUUGUGAUGGGUUAAGGGCCCGAUUGGUUGUCUGUAUGGUUCAGCCUGGCUCGUAUUAGUGAGCCAGACUGAGGAGAUGCAAUAGGAGCGUCCAUGGUUCGACCCAGACUUGCUCCACGUAUCCAUGCAACUAAUUAAGGGCCAUGGGUAGACCCAAUUUGCAGA